GAGGCGAGCAGGGAGGGAUCGGCGAAAGCAGAGGAAGAGGAGCGUGCGGUGGAGGAGGAGGAGGAGGAGGAGGAGGAGGAGGAGGAGGAGGAGGAGGAGGAGGAGGGCAAUUUGACGCACCAGAGAACUGCCUUCGCCACUCCCGUGCCGCGCCGCUCAUGCCCUCUUCUCCCAUUUGUCCCGCCCCGCCUCUCCCUGCAUCUCGCCUUUCCUCCUCUGCCUAGAUUCCUCACUGUUGGCCCACGCUGUUACCGAGUGGCAGCAGCACCAGCAGCAGCAGCACCAGCAGCAGGCAUGGCGUGUCGCGGCUUCCUGCAGUGCCUGCUGAAGCUCUUCAACUUCGCCCUCGCCAUCGUGGGGGUACUUCUGAUUGUGUACUCCCUCUCGCGCCUCGUUCACCUCGACCCCAACCUCCAUCCACCCAGCCCCCCUUCUCCCUCUCCCUCACCCUCACCCUCCUCUCUCUCCUCCUCCGCCUCGCGCCUCGCCCCCGUCUCCAUGCACCUAUCCUCGCCGCUGCCUGACGCCACACAACUCGGCAGCAGCGGCAGCAGCAGCAGUGCGAGCAGCCUUGGCGGCAGGAGGCAGAUGGGGGCGGGCAGCAACGAGCUGCUCCUGCCCCACCUCUGGUUCAUCUACGUGUUGGUGGGGGGGGGAGCGCUGCUCACGCUGGUCACCAUAGUGGGGGCCGUGGCGGCAGAGAGCAACAACGGCUGCUGCCUCUCAUGCUACCAGUUCGGCCUCUGCGUGCUGCUGCUCAUCCAAGGAUCCCUCGCUGCCCUCGUCUGGCUUCAGGACGUGCCAGGGGACCCCACGGGCGAGUACGAGAGGGAGAGGGCGUUCGUGCUGCGCAAUCUCGACCUCUGCCGCCUCGCUGCCGUCAGCCUGCUGCUCGUUGAGGGCACGGCGCUGCUGCUGGCCAUGAUGCUGAGGGCCAUGCACAGCGAUGCUGCACUGACUGACGAUGACGACGACUACAUCCCCCCCCACCCCCACCCCCACCCCAACUCGCGCUUGCGCCAACCGCUCCUCCGCCCGCCCCACAUGGCGCCCCCUCCCCCCUACUCCACCGCCAUCCCCUCGUCCUCUGCUGACGCUGCUGCUGCUGCUGCUGGUGGUGGUGUGGGCGGGAGUGGCGCGAGUGGCGUGGGUGUGGGGGGAGCAGCGGAUGGUGCAGCAGCAGCAGCAGCAGCAGGAGGAGGAGAGGGGGGAGCAGCAGCGCUGUCAGAUGCUUGGCGGAACAGGAUUCUGGAGAAGUACGGGCUGGACACCAACGAGUUCCACCACCCCGUCAACACGCCCCACGCACCGCCCAUGCCCCCGCAGCCCCCCCCUUCAUCCUCCGCCUGUGCCCUCAUGUGA